AUGGCAGAGCGCUGGGAUGGGGUCGGGCCGUAUCGAGACCUAUUCGAGGCACUCGCAAGCCGAACAAUGACCAUGCUGGUGGAGCGAGAGCCAGGCACGGGUGGCACAGAGGAAGGCGUUGGACUCGUCGAGACUGACAAUGACCUGGACUGGACUCAGUGGAUUGCAGACAUUGCUGAUACUGGAAUGAUAGCUGUCCCCCGGCAAAGACAGUCUGACUUGGGUCACUCGAAGAACACACCGCCACCACCGCAUAGCUUAGCCCGCUACGCCGAAUAA